CGCUCGUCAGUCAGUUGAUGGAAGAUUGAGGUGUCUGUUUGUGUUUGAGUUCAUCUAUAAAUACUGUGAAGAAGUCAAACAAGCAGCUGCUGUCACAACACAUUCAACUACUCUACUAUUCUGAUCCACUGUUGUAAUGAUGGAGUGUGUUAAAGAAGAGACUGAUCCUGAAUCAUUCACAAUAACACCUCAACAUACUCAACAACAAAGAGACUUUGUGAAUGAGGAAGAUCAAGAACACAAUGAAAUUAAAGACGAACGUCAGGACCACAAUUUUAUGACUGACAGCUGCUCAGAAACUGAUGAGAAUUCAUCUCAAGAAAGAGUUAAAGUCAAAAAUGUUUUUGAGUGCCAUCUUUGUGGUAAGACUUUCUCACAUAAAGGGUACCUAAGGUAUCACCUAAGGAUUCACACUGGUGACAGGCCUCACGCAUGCUCCCACUGUGAGAAGACUUUUAUCCAAAAAUGUGAACUUAGGGAUCACAUGAUGAUUCACACAGGUGAGAAGCCUUUUCCCUGUCCUCAGUGUGGUAAACGUUUCAUUAGCAAAGGAAGACUUAAUAUUCACUUAAAGACUCACAGUACUGAAAGGUCGUACAUCUGCCCUCAAUGUGGAAAGACUUACACGUGUAAAGGAUAUCUUCAGAAGCAUAUGACAACUCACAAUCAGACACAAAAGCCACAUAAGUCUUUUUUAUGCCCUCAGUGCGGAAAGAGUUUUUCACAAAAGGGAUCCUUUAAUACUCAUGUGAGAAGUCACACUAUUGAUGGGCCGUACACCUGCUCUCAUUGUGGAAAGUUUUUCUCAUGUAAAUCGCAUCUACAGAUUCACAUACGAGUUCACACUGGAGAGAAACCUUUCACGUGCCCUCAGUGUGAUAAGAGUUUUAAACAACAAGUACAGCUUCGGUAUCACAUACGAAUUCAUACAGGUGAGAAGCCUUUCUCGUGCCAUCUGUGUGAUAAGAGCUUUACACAAAAAGAUAAUCUUAAGUGUCACAUACGACUUCAUACAGGUGAGAGACCUUUUUCAUGUCAUCUGUGUGAUAAGAGUUUCCCACGUGCAAAAGACCUCAGAGUUCAUCUGCGCUAUCACUUAAAUGAUAGGCCGUUUAGCUGCGAUCAGUGCGAUAAGAAAUUUGUUACAGCAGCUUUGCUAAAAGAGCACCUUCAGAUUCAUUCAUAUGAUAGGCCGUAUUUGUGUUCUGUUUGUGGAAAGAGUUUUCUAUCACUCAAAAAAGUUAAAGUACACCAGAAGACACAUACAGGUGUGAAAAACCAUGUGUGCUCUGUGUGUGAUAAAGCCUUUCUGAGAGGCACAGACCUAAGGCGACACCAAAAGAUCCAUGAAGAAAAAUCCUGAAAGUGCUCACAUUGUUGAUAGAGUUUUAUUGAGUUUAGAAAGCUAUUAAAACACAAGUGACUGUAUAUCUCACAGAGAAAAGUGCUGUCCACAAAGAGUCUUUAGGUCCAAACCCAUUGUUACCCCUUUUCCAUCGGGAAUCGUAUGGUAUUAUGAAGAGUUUAGAUGCAAAAUCCGCUAAGUGCGUCUGCCGUGACUUCUUUUUUGUUUAAUUACUGUAGCUGCCAGUAUUUCUGAUUCGAUACUGCUGAAGUAUUUGAUGAACUUCUAGUACGCGUAAAGAGCAUUCGGUUACAAUAGUUAUCUAAUUUUUACUGUAGGUAAGGUAAGCAGCUUUUCAUCUGAACUCUUCAUAUAUUGUUAUUGACUUUCGAAGAGCACACAUCCAACACCCUCCUCUGACUAUCAACAGUACUGCUAGAGAUGUUAGCAACACCAAGUUUCUGGGUGUGCACAUAACAGAGGACCUCUUCUGGACUACCAACAUUGCAUUAUUGGCUAGGAAACACCAACAGCGCCUAUAUUUCAUCCCUAAACUGAGCCAGAGCCCCUGCACCCAUCAUGUGCUCAUUAUAUCGAGGCACCAUUGAAAGCAUCCUGACCACCUAGACCUACAUCACUGUGUGGUUUUAAAAUUGCACGAUUGCGGAUAUCCUGCGUAUUUUAGCUUGAUUAGAGCUGAAGCUAAACUCUGCAGGACAUCAGCACUCCAGUACCGACAUUGCCUACCCCUGCUGUAAGGGGAAAGAUCAAAUAUAUCCAUCCGUUGGCCCAACGGCGGUCUUUUCCGGUGCUUACAGAUGACAUUUUAACAUUAUGUAACUUAAAGGAUUAGUCCAUUUUCUUAAAAGAAAAAUCCAGAUAAUUUACUCGCCACCAUGUCAUCCAAAAUGUUGAUGUCUUUCUUUGUUCAGUCGAGAAGAAA